AUGUCCACCACCAGAGCAAAACUGAAGAAACCCACUCUGAAAGUUACACCAUCUUCCCGGGUAAUGAAUGUCUCAACAUCAGGGGUACUCCGGGUCAACCACAGCUCAACAUAUGCUCGGAGUAUCAAUGCCUCAGUGAGCCGGAAAAGUUUCAGUUUGGCUGCUGACAGUAAAAUCUUGGAUAAAAGCUCUGUUCAAACACCAAAACACACAGUUCAGGUCUUUGAUGAAAAUGGCAAGGACGUCACCCCACAGCCUCUCUACCAGCCGGACCCUGCAGCAGUGAUGUCGAAACACAGCAAGAUCUUUGCCAGUGACACCUCUGGUGGCACCAUGUCAGACUUUUACUCUACGGCAUACCAGACAACAACCAACGCUAGCUUCGCUGGGCCCUUUACCAGGUCAGUGUUUGGAAGCAGCACAGUGUCCAGAGGGAGCCAGUCCACGAUGGAGUCGAUGAAUGAAGAGAUUGAGGACCCAUCCUCCAAAAGGGACAUCUCCAUCAGUCUCUCAGAUGUCCAGGUGAGGAGGGAAGAGGUGAAAGAGUUGAUAAAGGAGGAGAUGUUGGACGACGUGGUGGAUCGGUACCUCAUCGAGUCAGAGACCCUCUGGCUACUGCACAUGCCAGCCGUCUCUGUGUCUGUGGACUCUGAGGAAGCUGAAUCUGUCAAAGAGAGAAAUAAUGUGUACAUGGAGCUGUGUAAAAACAGAAUGGGGAAUGAUAAGUACGUGGAGCGUUCCAUGCAGACGUUCAACGGAGCUCCCAAGACCAAGGAGGUCCAGAGUGAGGCCAUCACCAUGGUGGAUGCAGCAAUUGUCUCCUUUAUAGCCACCACAGCCACCACCUGGGAUAUGUAUGACUCAUUCCGCAGCGCAGGGCUGGGGGAGGCUGCCUUGUCCCCAGACACAGACAAGGCCAGCGUCCCAGAGAUUGUCUCCAACCACAGACUGGACCCCACCAGAGCUCCCGAGAGAACCAUGUCUGUCAUCAGCACCACUAGCAUAGCGAGUGCCUCUAGCUCGCGGAUCGAGAUGGAGCCUUUCGUGGUUCCGUCUGAAGAUGAACCGGACCCGGAACUGAUUCUGCAGUCAGAGAAGUUCCAGCAGGAUCUGUUCGUGAUGGAAAGGAUCAUUCUAGAGAACAUCUACCAGCCGAAGCUGGCUGCAUACAGACAGCUCCCCACAUUGGAAGAUCCUGACAGUGUGCCCAAGGUUGUGCCCACGGUGGUGAGCAGGAGAGAGGAGAGUUCCCUGGAUGAGGAGAGCACUCUGACCCCGGCCCUGGAGCGCCUCUGGUCCUUCAGCUGUGAGCUGACUUCAGGACACAACGUCAGUAGUAUGGCCUGGAACAAGAGGAACCCAGACCUUCUUGCAGUGGGGUAUGGACAGUUUGACUUCAAAGACCAGAAAUCAGGCCUGAUCUGCUGCUGGUCUCUGAAGAACCCCACGUGGCCUGAGAGGGUCUUUACCUGUGAGAGUGGAGUGACUACUUUGGACUUUUCGGCAAGCAAUGCCAGCCAGCUAGCAGUGGGGAUGCAUGAUGGCAGCAUAGCCACCUACAACGUCGAGAGCAGAGAGAAGACACCCGUCAUUGACAGCAGUGACUGUGCCCACAAGCACACAAGCCCUGUGUGGCAGGUAAGGUGGAUCGACCAUGAGAGGGGUGCCUCAGGGGAGGACAAGGGAGAGACACUCAUCUCUGUGUCUGCAGACGGCAGGAUCAGCAAGUGGUUCCUGCGGAAAGGCCUCGACUGCAUAGACCUGAUGAAGCUGAAGAGGACGAGGAAUGAGAAAGCCAAGAAGCAGGUUGGAGACAAAGAGAAGAAGAGCGAGGCACUCAUAUCACGGCAGGCACCGGGGCUAUGUUUUGACUUCCAUCCCACGGACUCCAACAUCUACCUUGCUGGUACAGAAGAGGGCCACAUCCACAAGUGUUCCUGUUCCUAUAACGAACAGUUCCUGGAGACCUACAUAGCACACAAAGGCCCUCUGUACCGGAUCACAUGGUCUCCGUUCUGCUCAGAUGUCUUCCUGAGCUGCUCCUCUGAUUGGACGAUCCAGCUGUGGCGGCAGGACCUGUUCACUCCCGUGCUGGGCUUCACCUCGACCCAGAGUGCCGUCUAUGAUGUCAUGUGGUCCCCCAAGUGGGCCACCGUGUUUGGGGCCGUCAACGAGGGACGCGUGGAGAUCUGGGACCUGGGAGCCAGCAUCCUGGACCCCACCAUAGUGAGCCUGGCCAGUCCCGGGGUGAAGCUGACCUCCCUGCUGUUUGCUACUGAGACAGACUGUAUCCUAGUGGGGGACAGUGACGGACAGGUCAGCGUCUACCAGCUCAAGAACCUCACCGUAGGAGAGGGAACACAGGUGGAUGCGUUAGAGGACAUCAUCGGCUCCACCCUGGCCAGUCAGCUGUGAGUGGGCUGUAUCCCCUAAAGCCUGCCUCAUCCACUAUGUCAUCGGCUGUCUGUCGCCAUAAUGUUUGGUCUCCAGGGACUGCAUCUU